AUGUAUCUUUUCUUGCUUUUUUGUUUUCUUCCUUUUCGUCUCUACUGCUUACUUUCACUUCUUUCUUUUAUUUUUUACUUUCUUUUCCUUUUUUCUUUUUCUUUCUUUCUUUUAGUUUUACUUUCUUUUCCUUUUUUCUUUCUCUUAAUUUUUCCUUUUUUUCCUUUUUCUUUUCUCUUUCCUUUAUUAUUUACUUUCUUUUUCUUUUUUUCUUCUUUCUUUCUUUUAUUUUUUACUUUCUUUUCUUUUUCUUUCUUUCUUUUCUUUUAUCUUUUUCUUUUUUCUUUUAGUUUCAAUUUCUUUUUCUUUUUUCUUUUUCUUUCUUUUCUUUUUUCUUUUAGUUUUACUUUCUUUUCUUUUUCUUUCUUUCUUUCUUUUAUUUUUUACUUUCUUUUCUUUUUCUUUCUUUUAUUUUUAUUUUCUUUACUUUUUCUUUGUUUCUUUUUAUUUCGUCUCUUUUUCUUUUUUCUUUUUUUUUCUUGUAGUUUUAUCUUUUUUUUUCUUUCUUUCUUUUUAUAUUUUACUUUCUUUUUUUUUCUUUUCUUUCGUUUAGUUUCUUUUUUUCCUUUUUUUUUUUUUUUUUUCUUUUUUCCUUUUUUCUUUCUUUUUUUAUUUUUUUUCUUUUUUUUUUCUUUCUUUUCUUUUAUCUUUUUCUUUUUUCUUUUAGUUUCAAUUUCUUUUCCUUUUUUCUUUUUCUUUCUUUUCUUUUUUCUUUUAGUUUUACUUUCUUUUCUUUUUCUUUCUUUCUUUUAUUUUUUACUUUCUUUUCUUUUUCUUUCUUUCCUUUUUCUUUUAGUUUUACUUUCUUUUCUUUUUCUUUCUUUCUUUUAUUUUUCACUUUCUUUUCUUUUUCUUUCUUUCUUUUAUUUUUUAAUUUCUUUUCUUUUCUUUCUUUCUUUUCUUUUUUCUUGUAGUUUUACUUCCUUUUCUUUUUCUUUCUUUCUUUUAUUUUUUACUUUCUUUUCUUUUUCUUUCUUUCCUUUUUCUUUUAGUUUUAUUUGUGUUUCUUUUUCUUUCUUUCUUUUAUUUUUUACUUUCUUUUCUUUUUCUUUCUUUCUUUCUUUUUUCUUUUUCUUUUAUUUUAAUUUCUUUUCCUUUUUUCUCUUUCUUUCUUUCUUUUCUUUUUUUCUUGUUUCUUUAUUUUUACUUUCUUUUUCUUUCUUUCUUUUAUUUUUAAUUUCUUUUCUUUUCUUUCUUUCUUUCUUUUCUUUUUUCUUUUUCUUUUUUCUUGUAGUUUUACUUUCUUUUCUUUUUCUUUCUUUCUUUUAUUUUCUACUUUCUUUUCUUUUUCUUUCUUUCUUUUAUUUUUUACUUUCUUUUCCUUUUUCUUCUUCUUUCUUUCUUUUAUCUUUUACUUUCUUUUCUUUCUUUCGAUUUUUCUUUUUCUUAUUUUCUUUCUCCUUUUGUUUCUAG